AUGGCUUCCUUCGACGAGAAAAUCCCGGACGUGCCUCAGCCAUCAACAGCGUCAACUAAAGAGUCGGUCAAAUCUCCAGUCAUCCCAGACACAUUCCCGAAGGAUGAAAUAAACACCAUCCCUCCGGAUCCAGAGCCAGCAAACCGGGCGGAAAACUCACUUCCCCCGAUACCAGUUCCUCUUUUGAAGCGUCGGGGCCUCUUGGCCCAGGCAACACUUAUCCCGGAGGUAGAGAAUGCAAGAGCCUAUUCGAGACCAAUAAAAUGGAUUUUGACGUGGAUCUUAUCGAUUUCUACUCUCAUUGCGCCCAUAGGUACCUCGAUUUUCUACCCCGCCCUCCAUCAGGUUGAAACCGAUUUACACACCACCGACACAAUAACCAAUCUGUCUCUUGCUUUCUAUCUACUCGCUAUGGCUAUAUUCCCCUUUUGGUGGGCAAACUGGGCGGCGGCUUUUGGAAGACGAAAUGUAUAUCUCCUUUCAUUUUCGCUUGGCGUGGUUUUUGCUGUUCUCGCAGCCAUAUCCAAGUCCAUCGGAAUGCUUAUCGCUAUGCGUCUGUUGAGUGGCGGCUGUUCGGCGUCUGUCCAGGCUGUCGGUGUUGCUACUAUGACUGAUCUGUGGGAGCCACACGAGCGAGGUCGUGCGAUGGGGAUUUUCUUUCUUGGUCCUCAACUAGGACCAUUCCUAGCGCCGAUUAUUGGCGGUGCACUUGCUGAUCGAUGGGGCUGGAGAAGUACAAUGUGGUUCAUGGUUAUAAUCGCAGCAGCAAUGCUGAUGGUUCUUCUUCUUGGGCUUCCCGAGACGUCUUCGAGACAAGAGAAGUCCUGGUGGCGUCAAACUCAAGACCGACUUGGUGACCGGAAUUCUAUUUCCAAAUUUCUAAUUGCCGCUAGAAUCCUCAUCCUCGAUCCGUUUGCAUCUCUAUAUGUUUUACGAUACCCCGUGAUGCUUUUGCCAAUGCUCUACCUCGGCAUAUUUACUGUAUUCUUUUAUGUCCUCAACAUCAGCAUGGAACAGACUUUUGCCGCCCCUCCGUACAAUUUCAGCACGCUUAUUAUCGGCUUAUGCUAUAUCCCAUCUUCAUUGGGUUAUAUCGUCGGGAGUCUCAUCGGAGGCAGGUGGAUGGACUAUGUUAUGCUACGUUCAGCAAGGAAAGCAAAUCGGUUUGAUGAGAACGGAAAGCCAAUAGUCUUUCCGGAAGACCGAGUGCAAGAGAAUGCCAUACUAGGCGGUCUUAUCCCCGUGGCGUCCUUAAUUUGGUAUGGUUGGUCGAUCCAAUACAAGGUUUUCUGGCUGGUUCCUCUGAUUGCCAAUUUCUUCACUGGGUUUGGAAUUGUGGUCAUCGUUAGUAUGAACAUCACGAUGCUGACGGAAUUUCUGCCUGGUGAUGUCCGACCUCUUUCUUGCUCGGUCCUCGCGCGUAAUGGACUAGGAUGCGUUGGCACCGUUAUCGGGGCCCCUAUGCUCAAUAGUACUUUACAGAACGGAUGGACCUUUACCAUAUGGGCUGUUGUGGCACUGGCCUGCCUUCCAAUUAUUUUUAUUUUGGGUGUCUUCGGGCCACGAUGGAGACAGUCCAUGCCAAACCAACGGCCAAAUACUUAA